CCCCGACCCCGCGCAGCGCCGCCGCCGCUGUAUCCGCCCCCGGGGCUCGGCGAUCCGCCGGCUCCAUCCCGCCGAGAGCCCGGCUGGAACAUCCCCCACGCCUGCCAGCAUGAUCAAGGGCUGCCAGAACGAGUGCACAGGCGGAGGAUGUUCYGGAGAAACAGGAAAGCAAAUGAGUGAAUCUUUCAAGGCUUCCGACUUGAUUAUCACCCCAGCUACGACCUUCAAGGAAAAACCUGACCCCACUGGUUUGGUAUUUGGAACUGUGUUCACGGAUAAUAUGCUGACAAUUGAAUGGUCCUUGGAUUCAGGAUGGGAGAAACCCUAUAUUAAACCACUAGAGAACCUCUCAUUACAUCCAGCCUCCUCGGCUCUGCAUUAUGCUAUAGAAUUGUUUGAAGGGAUGAAGGCUUACCGCGGAGUGGAUGGCAAAAUCCGCCUGUUCCGACCAACCCUUAACAUGGACAGGAUGGCACGAUCAGCACGGAGAACAACUCUGCCAUCUUUUGACCAGAACGAGCUGUUAGAGUGCAUCCGUAAGCUUGUGGAAGUGGAACAGGAGUGGGUCCCAUACUCAACCUCUGCCAGCCUGUACAUCCGUCCUACCCUAAUUGGAACUGAGCCUUCCCUUGGAGUGAAGAAACCAACUAAAGCCCUACUGUAUGUCAUAUUGAGCCCUGUGGGCCCUUAUUUUGCAAGUGGAAGCUUUAAUCCAAUAUCCUUGUGGGCAGAUCCAAAAUAUGUAAGAGCGUGGAAAGGGGGAACGGGAGACUGCAAAGUGGGAGGGAAUUAUGGCUCUGCUAUUUAUGCYCAGCAAGAAGCCCUGGAGUUUGGCUGCCAGCAGGUUUUGUGGCUCUAUGGAGAAGAUCACCAGAUAACUGAAGUUGGGACAAUGAAUCUGUUUCUCUACUGGAUAAAUGAAGAUGGAGAAAAUGAACUGGCAACCCCACCUUUAGAUGGCAUCAUCCUUCCAGGCGUGACAAGACAAAGCAUUUUGGAUCUGGCACGCAGUUGGGGAGAAUUCAAAGUGUCGGAGCGAUACAUCACCAUGAGUGACCUGACAGCUGCCUUGGAAGAAAACAGAGUAAAGGAGAUGUUUGGUGCUGGAACAGCUUGCAUUGUAUGUCCCAUAUCUAAAAUUUUAUAUAAGGGCAAGCACUUGCACAUUCCAACUAUGGAGAAUGGGCCUGAGUUAACAACCCGUUUCCUGAAUAAGCUAAGUGAUAUCCAGUAUGGAAGAGAAGACAGCGAUUGGGCAGUGCUGGUGUCAUGAAGGUGGCAGAGUUCAUAUCCUCCAGACCGACCUGACAUCUGAAUAUUGACAAUUUCUGUAGCUGCCAGUGUGUAGCGUAGUCUCAGUAUCARUUUGCUCCCCAGGAUGAUUGUUUCCACAAUCCAGCAAAUGUGAACACAAUCAUUUUGAUUUCUACUGUAAUCCUGUUGGUAGAAGCCUGUCUUCUUGGUAGAGGUGCUAAAUGUUAGCAAUAGAACUUUCCUAAUGGUUUUCUUAGUGCCUCCUUAUAUACAGUCUGAAAAUUUGUUAAAUGCUCUUCAACUGCUCUUCAGUUUGGUUUGUUUACUGCCACCAUCAGCAGAACAUGUGUCACAUGAGCCCAUUGCCUGUUAGUUGCCCACAGGGUUCUGUUGACCUUAUUCUGCCUUUUGCUCUGUGUUUGGGAAACAAAUAGAUUUAGCCAUACACUUUCCUUUCACACUCUGCUUGUAUGGGAGAUUCCUGAGCUUGCUUAGCCUGCUAGAUCCCCUCRUGCAUACCCUGUCAAAUAACUGUGGCCUUUAGCCCAAAAUUCUGAGUCAGUCUAGCCUGCAAGGUGGUCCCAGUUGGUCUAUUGCCCUUCUCUCCAUGGGAGUGUGCAGUGGCUGCUUGGGCAGUGCAUGCCUCUCUAAUAGCUGAGUCCACCCUUCCAGACAUGAUUUAAAAAGCUGGGUUAGGCCCUGCUGAGACCAAUUCUCCCCUUUGUUUGGCCUAGCAYGGAGCUGGACUCUGCAGACAUGAUGCUGCCUUCCAGGUGAGAGUCUAGAAAAUGAGAUUUGACAGCUCUGAUUGUGAAAAUUGAACCAUUCUUUGCAGCAACCAAAACUUUGGAUUGAGGAAUUUCUUUCAUCAUCCACUCACRUCAUUUAGGUCAGCAAAAUGGUUUUCUCAUCUCUCUCUCAUCUCUGCUGUAUCCAGCCUCCAUUGGCAUGCACUGCAGAAGGGCCUUCCURUUAAGGAGCAGGCAAUGUUGUCAACAGAAAAUAUCUAAAAGGAACGAGAUUUCAUUCAAACCCUGAUUUCAUUCUGGUUAAGCCGAUGUUUCUUAUAUAAAGCUGCUUUCUCACACACAGUCUUGAUACUUUGGAAGCAAUACAGAGCAUGUAGCUCAUAGUUGGAGAAGUAACUUUUGCAAAUGUUCACUAACGAUCAUUCUGUAAUAUUUAUUAGCAUUCUCCUUCUGCACACAGCUUUGUUGAACAGCUUUAAGAUACCUCUUGCCAAAAAGGAUAACCAUAUUCUGUAUCAAYGUUCCAAAGUGCUACUUCAGUGUAAAACUGAUGGAACUUUAUUGACACUUUAUUGGAGUCCUAUAAGAAGUAAAAGUGAAACGUUUCUUGUUCUAGUUUGCUGUAGAGAUGCACCAGUAUUAAGGGAAACAUUUAGCACUUUAAUUUUUUUAAGACCCAACAGUAUCUCUCCCAUGCUUUAUAAGUCAUUUGUAGUUACUGACAUUUGUUAACAUAGUUUAAAAAGGAAAAAUAAAAUUUCUAAUGGACCAUCCAUGCCUUAUGCAACUGUUAAAGAGCAGCCUUCCUGUUCAUUUUUGGUCACAUUUUGAAGGCCCCUCCUAAGCCAUCACUUCYUUUUGCUCCCUCAAAUCAUUACUUUUCCUGUCUUUGGCUGCAGUCCAGUCUGAUCUUUUAAUGAAGAACAGUUGAAGGUUCUCUCUGACAAUGUAAUAAUUGUUAAAACUUGAUGGGUAGUUUCUUCUUUAGACUAUAACUGCAAGCACAAAGUGCUGUUUCAAUUACAGUAGCCACAGUGUUGUGACCAUUUUAAUCUUUAUUGUGUGUGGGUCUUUGUUCAGUAUCUUACUAUGUGUUAUAAGCUGCUGGUAAUCUUAUUUAAUUAGAUGGGUGUAAAAAAUGAACAUGGUUAACAUGUCAAGAUGCAACAUGGGGUAGAGGGUUUUAUCCAAUGAGAUCAGUAUCGAAACUAAAGAGUGCCUUUAACCAGAGUGUGGCAUGGAGCUUUCUAAAGAUUAUGUAAUGAACAACCACAUGUGGCUUCCUUGUACUGAACUAUCUAAUCUUUAGGUUCCUUUUUGAUUUAUCAGCAAAAGAAAAAUGAAAAUACCUAACUUCAGAUGCAUGGCAAAGUGGUUGUGCAAUACCUUAACAUCUCAGCUUUGAUGUCUAUAUAUGAGUUGAUACAUGAUACCAUAUAUCCAAAAUCCCCAUGAAGACCUCAGUAUACCAGCAGUAAUCUAUUCRCUAGGCAGAAUGAAUAAGGACCAGUUAGAGGAAUUAUUUUACUGAAAUGUAAACCUGAAAAUUGUGUAAAACUUUUCUUCAAUUGAUUGCAAGUUAUUUAACGUGAAGAAACCAGGUGGUUUCAUUUGUUAUGUUUUGCUCUGUUCUCUGCACUGACCAGAGAGACACAUUUCCUUUUUCUGUGGGUGGAGACUUCAAAAUGAGCAGACUAUAUAGUGGAAUGACCCACAGAAAUGAGUUGUCUUUUCUUGCAGGGAAGAAUGAAAAUGUGGAGUAUGUGUAUGUUAAUUGUUGUCUUUAACAUCUUGGUUAAUUGCCUUACUCUGGCUAUGUCAAAUCGAAGCUGUGCUGUUUCCAGGUAGAAUCCAGGGAAAUAGGUUUUAGGUUUUAAACUAUGAAACAUAAAUGGAGCUGACAGGUCAGUACAGUACAGGAAAUCCUUCUGAUGUUGCGUGCUAUCCCACUCUGAAUUCUGGCACUGCAUUUUAUCCUGUACACCAAAGGAGAGAAAUAAUAUGUGUAAAUAAUAGUCAGUAUUUGAUACUGCAUUUUACUUGGUUUUGCUUGUAAAAUUUAGGAGGGAACUGUGGUAUUCCCUGAGCUAAUAACAGAUUGUAAAAGAACAUCUGCACGUCUUUUCUCCAUGUGCCCUAUUUGUUUAAUUGCAACAGAUUUACAUAGAAAGAGUAUGGUACAUUAUAACUAGGCAAUUAUCCAUUCUUCAUCACUUAGUUAUGGUUCUGGUAAUUGAUCAUUUAAGACUUAAGACUAACAUUAGGAGAAUUUGAAACUGUUCAAAAAAAGAUCAACAAAUUAAUAUUGUUGUGUGAUAUUUGCGUAAUUGGCUGCAAUUAUUUAAUGUCUAAUUGGGUUGAUCAAAUGAGAUUCAGCCUUUCACAUGUUUAUGUUUAACAAACACUGGUACUUUAAAAUGAUAAUAAUGAAUUCUAAUUUUCAUAUGUUUUUUUCUUCUCCCCUUCAUUCUUUUGAUUGUUAUUUUCAGUAUUGAGCAUGUCCUUAAUUUUCAGUUUGGUUAUCRUGAUUCAUGCCUAGGAAAAAAAGUCCUUCAAAUAAGAGAAUUUUCAUGAAACUGGCAUUUCAUACAAGCUGUUCUGGUGCCAAGAGAUACGGCUUCACAAAUGGCAUUACUUAACUGGAUUCUUAACUGCAGUGAGGACAAAUUUGCUGAGAAUUUACAGGGACAGACCCAGGUGAGGAUGCUAACAAAGGUCCCUAAGGUAGGCAGUCUGUUCAGUUCAUAGCAGUGCAAACAUGGUUUUUCUGGGAUAUAGAAGGGAAGUCUGCUAAGACAAAAGCAAGGUAGUGAGAUCUCUGCUUAGCUGUUGUUUACAUCUGUUCAGCUAUCUCCAGCCAAAAACCUGUUAUUCACSAUUCCUCCUUUUUGCACAUAACCUCUUGUUUGGGUUUGCCUAAUUCAGCAUUGAGAUAUCAUAGAUCCCUUUCUGUAUGCUUAUUUUAUAUCAUUUAUCCUCAGGCACGGAGAAUGGUAAUUUGGAAAAAUUUGAUACUUGAAAAUCAUUUGGCAUGCAAGUUAUUUGAAAUGUCUAAUAUAUGGUCUUCUAAGAGGUAGACAGAAAAACAGCUGGGACUGAUCUCAGAGUUGCCUAAUUAGAGGGGAAUCCCUCUUAAUUCAUUGGCCUCUCCAAAACAAUCUGCAUGAGUCCCAGCAGUUUUCUGAGUGUGAACUGUCUGCUCACUGUGCCUUGCUGUGGAAUAGARUACAAAGAUAUCCAAAGAUGGUGGCACAACCUGGUAGACUAUGGUACAUUGUCUCUCUGCCUGGGGAUCAGCCCUACUGARGGUAAGUUUUAGUAUUCUAGUGGCAGGCUUCUAUCCUGAGAGGUAGCAGCUGUAAAUUAUCUCUGAGCAUGCCCUGAGAUAGCUCUUCCUUGUCUUUCUCUCCCUUUCACACAGACUUGCGCCCCUUUUCUCCCAGCCUUCUGUCAUUGUGUCAUAUCUAAAAGUGACCAUUUAAGGAACAUUGCUAUCUUUUUGCUUCUGGGGUUGUGACAGUUUAAUAAAAAAAAAAAAUAAUUUUUUUUGCAUAUUCUAGGUGUUGAGGGACCAGAACUGUGCUUUACCUCCUGAGCAUGUAAUCCUGUAAUCCCUAAACAGACUGCCACUGACUCUGUGACCCUGGACAAGUUAUCUAAACCCUUUGUCAUUGCAGAGUAGUUCUACCACUUACACCACUUUUAACUCUAAUCCAAACUUUUGCAUAAAAGCUUACCUUAUUGCUGAUCAAGUAAGCUUUCCAGAAAAAGCUUUUUAAGCAACCUGAAAGAUGCCACGUUAAGCCCAGUAUUUCAAGGAUUACAUUGGAACAGAACUGUAUUGAUUGUGCAAAGAAAAAUGUUGCCUAAAUGAGAAAUACAUUUACAGUUUGCUGCAUAUACCCAUAAACCCAAUAAAUAGCCUUUAAAUGGGUUAUAUGARGAAUAAAAAGAUUAGCCUACAGAAAGAUCUUCACAAGAGAAUUUGCCUCAAACAAGGCUGUCCUAUUAAAAAGUGAUGCUGAAGGAAUCAUUACACCUCAAUGUAAAGUCAUUGGUGGGGGUCUGCUUUAGAGGUACACUUGGUCGUGUAGCACUGUGACUGACCUCUUUAUCAGUCUUGACCAAAAAUUUGCUGAACUG